AUGCCCAGUCCUGUCGCCGAGUCUCCUGUCGCCCCUACAACUGCCAAUACUUCAGUCAUCGGGAUGUCUGGUUGGACAGAGUACAUACUCCCCGACAACUCCUCGUACUACGUCCACGUCGGGAAGCGGAUCGUCGCCGACAUCGACCUUCACAACCCAGCCAAGCUCCAGGCCGUCACGGAAGGGCUGGGACUCUGGCUCCGAGACGCGCGUCCGAAUGGGCAGGAUCUCCAGCUCGUGCAGACGUGGGUGAGCCACAGGGCUCGAGUCUUGUCUAGCGAGCCUCCCGCGACGACUGUACAAGAUCGGCUCAGGGAUGAUGACCGACUCGAUAUGCAAUACCGAUACUGGAUGUAUGUGGAAGCGCACCCAGCACAUGUACCUCUUACGGCCGAUAGUCGCGCAGAAGCGAUGGAAGUCCUCCAGUGGUCGUAUACAGAACAUCUCUUGCCUGGUGUCCGACCUGCACCCCCUCCCUUCGCACCGCAGGAAUGUCAAGAGCUGAUGGGGUUGCUCCGCUCGUUCAACGAGGAGCCUUCGGAUGUGUCCUUGGUUCAGAACCGGAUCGUCGCUCGCGUGCUGCUUCACGUUGCCUCUGCCACAAGCUCUAGCAAGGGCGGUGCUCACCGAUGGCAUCGGCGCACGCCUUUGGGCCGGACUGCUGUGGACUUCCUCAUCGCCUGCCUCUGUCUUGGCCUCCCCUACCUUUUCACCGACCGCUCUCGCCACCGCCGGAUCGACGUCGAAAGCGGAGUACGUAGUGCCGGUCCAAUGCUCGUCAUCGGUGCCUGCGCCUGCUUGCUGGCUGCAUUCGUGUUAAGCGCCUCGGUAACGUUCAUUUCACUGCCUGGUGUGGACGACACUUGCCGUUUGGCGGGCUUCGUGGCUAUAGCGCUCUCGGCAUCCAGUAUGAUUUCGGCCGUAGUCGCGCUGUUCCGGUACAAAGCGGAAGUGGAACAUCCGGUGGUUCACGUCGGUGGUGAGGGUCUCUUGGUGAUAUCUAGACGAAGUGUCGUGAUGUCUCUUCCGCUCGUGUUCUUGGUGUGGGCCACUGCCGCAUUCGUUACGGGCGUUGUGCUUAUCUCCGUGGUAUAUCCAAUCGAGAACCAGACGCAUUGGUUGACUGUUGGGAUCAUUGGAGGUGUAGCGGGUGUCAUAUGUAUGGGAGCAACGCUAGCUCGAUGA